AUGGACCAGGAGGAGGCUCCGCCGCCUUAUUCGGCUGAAGACCCGUUGAUCCCGCCGACUCAUAGUCGCAAUGGCAUCUCGCAAGAUACCCGACUGUCGCGAGGAGAUGAGUCCGCUGUGACGCCUGCUACAGGCUCGACUACGAGCCGGUCGUCCACCCCCGUGCGUUCCGCGGUCGUCCCUACACAUUUUACAUCUGCUGCAGCCUAUUUUGAGGAACGUCCACCCACGGUUCUCGAUGGCAGUCGCGAAGUAUUGCAUCAUUCGAUGGCGAUCUACCCGCAGCUCAGCCAAAGACUUUCCUCGACGUCCCCGAUGCUGGAGCUCACGGGUAGAGGAAGUGGCGCAGCAGGACUGGGACGUGUUCUUGCGACAUCUGUUUCCACCGCAACUAGGUCUGGCCUCUGCAUCGCGCCAUCUGCCCCGGCAACUUAG